CGACUAGUCAGUUGCUCGGUGUGCGUGUGUGGAAAAAGUUGGAACCCGCAGAGGGAACGCUAAUUUAGAAAUUGAUAUCUUGAGUCACAGCAACAACACACCGUCGAGUGUCUAUGCAAAUUUAAUUGCGGCUCUCCUAAAUCAGUUGGGAAGUCAACAACAGGUCGCCGCUGCUGGAAUCAAAAUAAAAACACACACACAGUGACAAUCGGCAAAUGAAACGCAAACAACAAAGGCAGCAGGAAAACCGCCUAACCGGUUUCAAAAUUUCCACAGUUGACACACAGUUUUCCCCUGCCCAUCUAUAUAGUAUAUUUAUUUAAAUUAUAGUGGAUCAAAGUAUUUUGUGCCCUUUACGCCGCAUUCGCACAUAUCUAGUCACUAGAUAUAUGUCGAUUGUGUGAGUUCUCUUUGUUUGUGGAAAUUAAUUUCGGUGCAAAAAGAAGUAAAACAAAUAAAAACCGAAGCCACCCAGACGCAGACACAUAACUGUGAACGAAAAUCCAACCAGACAGCAGACAGCCAUGGGUUAUUCCAUAAAGAACUGCGAAACCGGUGAGGUGGAGUACUUCUACACGGACACCACCCGAGUGAAGAGGCUUGCCUACGAUGAGGAAACCGGUGAGCCCGUCCACGAUCAGAUGAAGGUGCGCUACAAGAAGCAUGGCAAUUUCCAUGUGCCCAAGCACUUUCUCCGCGGAACCCUAUGCGACGAAGUGGACGAUGUGCUGGCCAAUACGGUGAGACAUGGAGCCGCCACCGAUAUACCCCAAAAGGCGCCCAGGAAGGCGACGCCUGGCUAUGAGCGGGAGGAUUAUUGCCAAAUGGAUGGCGUGAGUAGUAACAUCAUUCUGGGUUACAAACGGAACGAGUACUUGCUGUUCCUGGUGCCCACGCUGUUCUGCUACAACUUCUUUAUAGGCGCCCUGCUGGCCGUCAUUGAGAUCUUCCUGCACAUGAUGUCGCACCACAAGAACAGCCUGACCAUGCAGAAGGGUCUCUAUUUCCGAAGUCCCCUCCAUGUGCUCUCCUCGCAGUUCUGCGCCGUCUGUCGCACCGAGAGCGACAGCAAGUACAAUCGCAUCUUCGACCUCUUACACAAGCAAAUGCGUGCCUCCCAUCGAUCGGGAGCUCUAAAGGACAUGGCCAAGGCCAUCGGUUAACGGGGUU